UUUGUUCUGCGCGACAUCUGUUUCACUUUCCAUAGCUUUGAUCCACGAAAGCAAUCGCAUUGCCACAUUCGCAAGCCCCCUGAAUUUUUCUAACACAUCGAUACAGCGACAUCGUGUCCUAAGACGAGGUCGACUUUUGUUCUUGACACAAGAUGAUGCCGAUCAUUUCCUCAGCGGCUAGUCUUUAUCGAAAAGAUCGUUGGGGGAACGAAUAUAUACGCUUGUAGACAAGCAUGGAUUAGGCCUUGAACACAUCUUACAACUUCAUUUGUUUACUGUUUACAUACUGCACCCAAUUACUCCUCAAGACCGUCGCUGGACGACAUUGCGCCCAAUAAAGCUUUAUAAGACACUCCACAAUAUCUCAGUAAUCUUACAUUCCCUUCUCUUCCUACUCAAACAUGUCGCCCACAAGCAACAUAAAGCCUUUUCUGCCAUCUUCUCGACCUUCUGGUGCUGUUUUUAUCGGUCUGAACGCCGUGAGAGCCCUCAGCAUCAUUGCUUUACUUCUGGUCUUUGCUGCUAAUAUCGAAACAAUGGUUUCUGAUAUAAAGGCCAUCAAAAACCCCGCUUCGGAUGAGGACGACUGCGACUACAUCGAAUACUCCAGCGUUCCUGACCAAACCGGAGGUCCUUUCUGGAGUAUUCUUAACCGAAUCUUCAUCUUGUCCGAGUGUCUGCUCCUCAUCAUGUCGGAAGUCGGAGUUCCUCGACGCUUAUUCGAAAAUUAUAUUCCCAUGCUCGGACCGGCCUAUGGGCUAGGAUGUCUUGGGGUUUUCCAAGCGUUAAUUGGUGCGCAAGUUCUGUCUCAUUACUGUGAUCUCUUUCCUCAAGUAUCGAGCUGGCUCCUCUUCAUUGUCGGUUGUUUCAACAUCCUUGUUGGCAUUUUCCUUCGUGAAGGGGCCAAGGAAAAACGGCUGAUCUUCUCGUGGGAGAAUGCAUCAUCGUUAACCCCUCAAACUCGUAUGGCAACCACUGCUUGGGAUAUGGUCACUGAGAAGAAACGGUCGAAGUCUCCGUCCGAGUCAUCCAAACAACCAGAUGGACUCUCUCGACUAAACACCAGUGGCUCAGGCAGUCCUCUUCUUCCUGCUAACAGUACAGCUCCCGGAGCUCGAUUUGGUGGGUUUGGAUUUGGACGUCAGGGUGAGAAGGCAGCAGCCGAUAGAGGCUGGAAAGUAAGUCGACCGCUUGACGUUUUACCCCGUUAUGCUGUCUAGACGUAUGUGGGUGUUGCAAAUGAAUUGCAAAUAUAGCACAAUAAUUGUACUUCGACACUACAUUAACGUUCCAGUCUCAGCAGAUGUUCAUAUGCAUACCACGCCGCUGGUCUUCUGUUUGU